CCUCCUCCUCCUGCUGCUCCUGCCCUGUUACCCCGUGUGCAGAUGGCGGGUGUCGCAGCCGCGUCCUUCUUCUCGAACGCGUGCCGUUUCGGUGGCUGCGGGCUGCACUUCGACUCUCUGUCCGAACUCAUCGCUCACAUCGAGGACAACCACAUCGAUACAGACCCUAGAGUGUUGGAGAAACAGGAGCUGCAGCAGCCCACGUAUGUUGCCCUGAGCUACAUUAACAGAUUCAUGACUGAAGCAGCACGCAGGGAGCAGGAGAACCAGAAGAAAAAGGUGCAGCCAAAACUGGCACUUUCAGUCACUGGCAAUGUCUCCCGUAACAACAUGGCCACGCCCCCUCGCCAUAGCAACGGCAGUCUGACCCCGCCUGUGACUCCACCCAUCACUCCUUCAUCUUCCUUCCGCAGCAGCACACCCACAGGCAGUGAGUGUGAUGAAGAGGAGGUUGAGUAUGAAGACUCAGACAGUGAUGAGUCAUGGACUACAGAGAGUGCUAUCAGUUCAGAGUCCAUCCUCAGCUCCAUGUGCAUGAACGGAGGAGAUGAGAAGCCCUUCGCCUGUCCAGUGCCUGGCUGUAAGAAGAGAUACAAGAAUGUGAACGGUAUAAAGUAUCACGCUAAGAACGGACACAGGACACAGAUUCGUGUGAGGAAGCCCUUCAAGUGCCGCUGUGGGAAAAGCUACAAAACCUCUCAAGGGCUCAGACACCAUACCAUCAACUUCCACCCCCCACUGUGAUCACACACACACACACACACGCAUGCGCACGCACACACACUCACACACGCACACACACGCAGGCACAUACACGCACACACACAUGCACACACACACACACGCACACACACACACACGCACACACAUGCAGGCACAUACACGCACGCACACACACACGCACACACACACGCACACACACACGCACACCCACUCACACACACACACACACACACGCACACACACACGCCUGAUAAUGUUUCAGAACAUAUAUCUAUCAGUUACUCACCUGCACACAACAUGACAGCAGAUUCCAGCUGGUACCUUUUGUCUGUUAUCUGUUUUAACAGGUUUAUGUUGGUGUGUAAUUGUGAACUGUUUUGCACACUGAAACAUUGGGAUCAUUCCUUUGUAUUUGUAGUGAGAAUGUGUCAUGAUGCGUCCAGGUGCUGGUUACAGAUGACCCUCAUUGACAGGAUCCAGUGGUUAUGCUCAGAUAAGCUGAGAGAUGUCUUACGUUGUUAGAUUUUUAUUCAGACAUAUGUACAUAUUAUCUAUUAUGAAAUGUUUAGCAUGUGCAUGUAUUAAUUGUAUUACUUCAUGUGUUUUUAUGGAUUUUGUCACAUACACACAGCAUUUUAAACGAAAUCUCUAACAGUAGAAUGUGUAAAUUCUCAAGGUGUCUGAAUACUUUUGAACCCUGACACAUUCGCUUACGUCUCUAUUACAUCAGAUGUAAAGGCUUCAGGCAGCAUUCAGACCCCAGAGGGUUUUACACACACACACUGUAUCACGUCACUGACACAUAACGAGGAACACAAUUAUUUUAACCAUCUUUGCAAAUUGAAACUGAAAUCUCUCAUUUACAUUAAUAUUCAGUAAACUUUAAUUCAGUAGUGUGUAGAGACAUUCAGGAGGCCCCUGAACUCCUGGAUGUCAUCUGUUUGUCCUGCUCCUUCUGACUGAAGCUCCUGUGGAGCGUCUGUGAUCUGCAUCUUUAGUUUUCUCGACACAGACUUUCUCUUCAUGGGUCAUUCAAAGACCUGAAGUUACUGCAGUGUUCAUGGAGGGUUUCAGAGAUAGUUGUUCUUCCGGCAGGUUCUCCCAUCUCUGUGGAGGACUUCUGAAGCUCUGUAAGAGAGGACACUGGCUCUUGGUCACCCCCUGACCUGGUUACUGACAUUAACUGGAUGUCCAGAUUUAUGAAGAGUCCUGGGGGCUCCAAACUUCUUCCAUUUCAAAAUGAUCAAGCUCCCUGAGCUCCAGGGAACAUUCAGAAAUGCUUUUAUUCCCUCAUGCUCAUCUGUGUCCCGUGAAGGUCUACACACAGUUCCUUCUGGAUCUGAUACACACAGGCGUGUGCCUUUGUGCCUUUGACUUACAUACUGUACAGGAUGCAGCUGAUUUCAGUCGGUAGUUCCUUUAGAUCAUGGUCCCAGUACAUAUGAGGGAUUUCAGAUUCUCAUUUUGAAGGAAUUUGCAAACAUGGUUUUCUUUUCUGGGUCAUUCUGUAUAGGUCAAUGCCUAAAAAUGUCGUCCACAUGGAUCUGUAACACUGUGCAAUAUGUGAAGAUUUGAUCUCUAACACCUAGUCAGUGCCCACUGUAAGUGCUACACCUCUCAUUCCUGUGGCAGCAGCACAAUCAGGAAAACAUACAGACCAAAGAGCUUCAGUUAAUGUUCACAUCAGACAGCAAAACAGGGGAACGCUGGUUGUGGUCCAGAAGAUCCACUACAGUGACCUUAUACAGAUGUGGUGAGCAGAAGAAGCAAUUCAUCAUGAACAAAACAUCAAACUCUUGAGGUAGAUGGUCUACAACAGCAGAAGAGCACAUCAGGUUCCUCUCUUGUCUGCUAAGAACAGGAAUCUGGGGCUACAUCUAAACAUCACCUGGUGAUGUUUAGAUCACCAGCAGUCCUAUGAUCCUAUUCUCUCCAUUCCGAUGUUUGAUGUGCAUGUUACCUGAAGCUCUUGACUUGGAUCCUGACUGGAUAAUUGCAUGUGUACGGGUGUUUUCAGUGGGCUUGUGUGAUCACCACGAAUGUUUUUACUGUCCUGAACCAAUCGAAGAAGCCUAAUAAAGACAGGAAAAUUCUAGAUACAGCAGCAGGUGAAGGUUAGGAACACACACAUGGACGUGUGUUACAGAGGAAGAUGAAGGACAUGUGCCAUUAUUCACUUCAGUCCUGAUUUAUUUAUAUGGUGCUUUCACCAGCUUUCUUCUGCUAUGUUCAGGUGAUUACUGUUACACACGAGACAAAUGAAAUCCAUACGUUUUUAUUUUGUGUAGUCGCUUAUUGUAAAUAGGUGUCAGAAAAGUGUAUGUUUUUUUCUACAUCAUCUCUAUUCUGUUUAAAGUGAAUGUUGUUGUGUGUAAUAAGGGCCAAGGCUCCUCUGAAUAGUGGUGUGAGCAGCAGUGAAGUGAUGGAUUUCAUUUGUCUCUCCUCUACCAAGGGAACAGAACCCUUAGUAAGUCCACCUGCAAUCCUACAGCACAGACUGCAGGUCCAAUCUAAUCUGAUGACAGUAAACAGCGCUGGGAAUCAUAGCAGGAGUAGAGAGAACUCGCACAAUCCUAGAUACUGUUGAUGUUUGUUUAUUGUUCACACUUUCUCAUGACUUCAUGUUCCUCCAUGUCAAACAAAGGUUUUGUGUUUCAUUAGAAAGACAUUAAUCUCAGGUCCCAACACUGCCAGCACCACUACAUACUCCCCAGUGAGAGAAAGGGACGCCCACACAGCACAACUCCACCCAGGGCUUCAUCCACAUCUUCUGUGGUGGAACAUCUGAAUGUCAUUGGUUUCUCUUGUGCUCCAAAGUAAGUGCCAAGUUAUUGUGUGUGUGAAAGGGACCGAGAGAGCAAGUGGAGCUGACCUAUCAGAUUAGACCUGAUACUAGUGUGUAAUGCAGUGUUGAGUGGACAAGACGUGUGGUUGUGAGUUUCUCAUAGCUUUGUUGCGUUGUGUUGUGUGAAUCAUGCUGCUUGUUCCUGCCUCGCUGGUCUGCAGGAGCUUCUGCUCACAGCCUCACUUUGUUAGUGUAUUUCUCAAGUAUUCUGCUGUUAUGUUGCUGCCUCUUGUUAAAAUCUACGAUGCCAUGAAGACAGACAGACAGACAGACAGAGAGACAGACAGGUCUUUCCCCCCAGAGCAGUCGCCCUGCCCGAUUCUACAUGUACUGUAUGGUUUAUAGUGUAAGCACUAGAGCUCGCUAAUUGUCAAAUUAAAGGGUAUAAUACAAGUGUGUACCAUCUGACCAAUCAGAGGCACUGCCUCAACUCCAGUCUCACUAAAGUCAGCUUUUUGAAGGUGCUGCAGUCCAGCAUCCCCCCCCCAACACUUGGGCUCAGGAGAAUCACCUUCACCUGCAGGCACCAUGCUUUCUAAGGUGAGGUAGCACUUGAACCCAGGAGACAACCUCACUGUAGACUUCAUGAGCAGAACCGAACCGAAGGCACUGAGAUUAGAAAAGAAAAGGGGUCAGAUCACAGGCAAAUGGUGGAUGGUUACAAAAGUGCAAUAACCGUCUACAAAAACACCACCACCAACUCCGCCUACACACUGAACCCCGUUUUCCCAGUACAAGCCGUUAGUGACUGGAACACACAUACACACACACACACACACACACACACGACAGUGAGGAGGCCUGGUGUUAGCAGUACAGGAAUGAGCUCUGAGUGAGGUGACCCUCAGCUGUGGGUACAGGAACAGCCUCACACUGCUACUCUGGUGUACACUCACUAAGCCCUUUACACAUCAUCUGAGUCCCACAGCAGUAUUAAACAUUAGUGUUGUGUUGUCAUGGGCAACAUUUCAGGUGAUCAGUCGUGUGUGUUAUUAGUGUAAUGAUCAUAGGAGGAGCUGAUGAGUCUAGAUGCCAAAAAAACACAAAGUGUGUGUGUGUGUGUGUGUGUGUGUGAGUACAGUGAACAGUGCCAAUUUUGAUACUUGAACAGAUGUACAGUUCUGGUUUCAUGUUGAUGUGGUGUCACUUGUGUGUAAAAGCUUUUUAACACACUUUGUGUACGUCUGAAUCGAUCGUACACAUCAUUUUGUAGAGCAGCAGCUUCACACAGACGACCUGUGGAAGCGUCUCAGUAAUUUAUACCGUGUACGGUUAGAUGUACGGCGCAGCCUGCAACGUCCUGUAUAGUGAAUGUAUCGUAACCUCUUUGUAAAGUAGUUUUGAAAUUAUAUUUUCAUACUACGUUUGUGAAAUCUUUUCUCUGUAGCAAAAUUUGUAUUACUGGUUCUUUGAGAUUUGUUCAGGUGUCUUUAUUUUAAAUGCUGUUUCUGACAUUUGGAAAGAGUGCAA